CCCUAAGGACAGAGAACAUAAAAAAGUGAAAGAGGAGCAGAAGAGAAUCGUGUCUGGGGAUGAUGGAGAAGGGGCGGGUGCCUAAGCUCCAUCAAAUGGCUGUCUCGUUGAAAUACAGUGUUACAGUGCUUCCAAAUUUUUUUAGAGAGAUGCCAAGCAUUUUAUGUGACUUUUCCAAAUUUCACAUGAUGGCAACUCAUUCAUUUUGUUUUUUUAAAUACUUUCCUGGCCAAAUGUAACACAUCCAAGAGAUGGAUUGGGGCCACCGGCCACCAGUUGUGGUCUCCAUGGAAUUCAUUCUACUCAUCCUCAUUGAGCAUUUGCUAAGACUCAGGGCCCUCUCCUUGGUUCUGAGGACACAGCACUAAAGAAGGACAUGUCCACUUACUUAAGAGACAGACUUAAAUGAUCACCAUUAUAUAAAUAGAUGCAAUUACAAACUGGUGAGAGCUCUGAAUGGAAUGAAUGGGGCAUUGAACUAUGGGAGACAAAAGUAGGGAACUGGAUUCGACUAGAUUUGUGGUUAAGGAAAACCUCUAAUGUGGUGACCCAAGGGUCGACAUGAAGGAUGAGAGGAGUAGGUGGAAAGAGAAGCCAGCACUUGCAAAGGCCCUAAGGUGCUGGAGAAUGUGGUUCUUUUGCUAUUAGAAGAAAUGAAAGGUGAGUCAUAGGGAGAGGAAACUAGGCCAGACCAUAUAGGGCCCAGUACGCCUUGGUGAGGAAUGUUUCCUCUCAACAAGAUAAAUGUAGAUGAUGGGUUCCAUCAGAGAGAUGGUUAGGAAGCAGAUGGAAGGAGACUGGGGACUCGUCAGCCCUCCCGGUAGACAGGGUGGGAGGAGGUGAGAAUCAGGGAGGAUGUGGUAUAUACCAGAGACAGGGAUGGGGAGGGGCUGGGCAAGAAGCCGAGACACCAUCACAGUACUGGCCUGCUCGGCCAGCCAUAGGGGAAGGGCGUUUACUCCAAGGCCCCCCUCCACCCUCCAGGGUCCUUUGAGGUUGCCUUCCCUGAUGCUGCGCAGAAAAUACAGGAGGUCAUUACACAGCUUAAAGAAGCCCCGGCCUGCAUCCCUCCCUGCGGACUCCAGGAGGUCGCUCGGCGCUUCCGCUGCCGCGGCUGCUACUCCACAGUCUGCGACCUCCCGCUGGACUGCCCAGGAUGUGACGGUGACCCGGGGUCAGCAGGCCAUGUUCUCUUGCACCGUGAACUUCCAGCUGCCUAAAGAGGAGAUCACCUAUUCCUGGAGGUUCGCAGGAGGAGGUCUCCGGACUCAGGACCCCUCCUACUUCCGAAACAUACCGCGGGCCGAAGGCUACCUGGCGCGGAUCCGGCCGGUGCAGCCCACGCACCGCGGGACCUUCUCUUGCGUGAUCAAGCACGACCAGCGCCUCCUGGCGCGGCUCUACUUCUUUCUUAACGGUGCGGGCGGGGCUGCGUGGAGGGCCGGGCUGCGCCGGGGGCCGGGCUCGCACCCGGCUGACGUGCGCGCCUCCGCAGUGACGGGCUCGCCCCCGAUCAAGGAGACCGAGCUCCAAAGCUCCUUUCGCGAAGUUUUACUUUGGGCGCCGCGGGAGGCGGAGAUGAUCGAACCCUGGAGACCGAGUCUGGGCGAGCUGCUGGCCACGCCUGAAGCCCUGACGCCCAGCAACCAGUGCCUGCUAGCGGCCACCGCGGCCAUAGCAUCAGCGAGUCUGACCUUGCUGGCGUGGAUGUUCUUUCGAUGGUACUUCAGUGGCAACUGACAAAGGUAUCUUUUUCUCCCUUCCUUAUCCUAUUUGCGUUUCUAAAAUAAAGAAUAUAUUUCAGCUCUA